UCCAAACUGACCAGAUGCACUGUUACCAAUAGCUGAUCACGACUGAGUCCUGCAGGUAUCUGCUUUUGCAAGAAUGGCUCAUUUGGAAGGGUUCCUGCCUACGAGUCACAGGUAUUGCAGUGUGAGGCCAGCUCUGGACAAGUUCUCGUGUUCCAGCAUUGUACCUGCCAUUAACCCCAGCUGCAGGAGCUCUUUUGUAGUGUAUCCUGCCUGGAUCGCUGAGCCCCUCACUCCCCAGAGGUGCCAAUGGAUUAGCCACUGCCUCCACUCCCCCCGCCUGGCAUGGGAGAGACUGGGGAGAUCCGUGUGCAUAGACAGCAACGUGCCUGUGCUGGUGAGAAGGGAACAAGAUGGAUUUUAUUACCAUGGUACAGUAAAAGAGGAGGUAGAGCAGAGUGAAAGAGGCAUGUUCCUGGUAGAGUUUGCCAAACCACUUGUGUCCCGUGGAAAGCAUCCAGUGCGUGUGCAAAAAACAGCAAAGGAUGACAUUCUGGAGUAUGUGAAUGGGAUGAAGCACUCCUUACUCCCUGGAGACAAAGUGCUGGCACCCUGGGAGCCAGAUAUGGCCAGGUAUGGCCCAGGAACCGUCCUCACAGGCAUUGAGACAAGGGACCCCUUAAGAGCCUCAGAAGAUGAAGAAAUUACAGUCCAGUUCUGGAAUGAUAAGAAAGUGAAACUCCCACGUAAUGUGGCUCUGUGGAUCCCUCCUGGCCUGUGGGAGAGGAUUGUAGAGAUGAUCCACAUGCCCUUCACCAGCAGGCUGAAGUCCAGAGAAAAUCCACAUGCUGGAUCUUGUAUUUUUCCCUACAGUCCUAAACCAGCCCUCAUUCCUGUUUGUGCUGGACACAGCCUUGCCAAGCACUGCUUGCUCUGCUCACCCUGCUGGCCACAUUUCCACUACCACUGUGGUGGUGCUUUGUGCUGUUUGUCAGGAUGUGUAAGGUGCAUCUGCUGCUGUCACCCCCGUGCUGAUGCCUGGUGGUCUCUUCCAUCCAGGUCUCUGGUCUUUCAGAACAGAUCUGAAGAGGCAGAGUCCAGCAGUGAGCCGUCUCCAGGCCUUCUAGAACUGGAAGGCACAAAACAAGAAGCAGCUGCAGCUGUGGCUACAUCUUCCUCCUCUUCUGAUUCAAAGUGGGACCUGAAGCUACUCCCCACUAGGAGUACUGUGGUGGACAGUGCUGUUAACACAGCCUGUGGCUGUCUUGAAAAGCCCAAACUAAAGGAUUCUGCAAGACCUCAGUGGAAAUACUGGAAAAGAAGCCACCACAGGUCACAUUCCAGUAAUUCAGGACUUGGCAGUUGCAGCAGCACAUGUAUGAAGGGCAAGCUGGAAUCCAAAGCCAUCUCCAUUGGGGACACAUCCCAUGUGGGCCCAGCUAAUCGGAGUGCAAUGUUUGAAACCAUUGAGCUCUCUCCCAGAGGGCAACUCACAGUGAAAGAAAUCUUAAGAGACCAAGAUUUCAAGCCAUCACUGGAGGAAGAAGGUUUUGCAGCAUCAGAAAAACAAAGAAACAAAAGAGCGUCAGAUGAUAAAUGUAAAGCGACUUGCGUGGGCGACGACAAACUUGAUGUUAUAGAGCAUGUCAGAGCUCCCUUGCAACAAAGCAGAGAGAGACACAAUCAACCAGAAUUCAGCACAUGAAGUUC